GUUCCAGGACCACAAUUUUCAAAAGCAGGUUCAAAACAAUGUUAGCUGAGUUGUUAAAUAGUCACAAUUCGCCAUAGUUGUCUUUUUAUACAAUGACACGUAAUGUGAAUGUAUGAACAUACUAAGUCCUUUGAACGUUCUGCUGCUAGCUUCCUUUCCUUAGCAUGCCUGUCAAGAAAAGAAAUCAACAUAAAAGCAUUUGCCACCAUAGAGAAAGGAACACUGCCAUCUACCGGAUAGAAACUGGUCGCACAGGUGCCUUCCUAAAAGUACUUUGGGCAGACAUCUCUUGCGGUCAGAAGCAAAUUAAGGUUAAUCAAACUUUGAUUCUAAUACCCCAUUGUAAACUUGAAACCCUGUUAUUUUAUACUACUCUGGAAAAAGUUACAAAAACCGAAAGGUGAACGAGUAUACACCGUUUUAGACAUGCACUUUUGCCUCAUUGAAGAAAGAGGGUUCGGGUUCUGAAGUCCAAGGUAAAUUGACAGUGGCAGAUUUUACACAGCUGUGCAGUGUGCAAAUGUGUACCAUGGUUAUCUCUGACAUAACCUAUAGACUUUGAGACUGCAGAGGAGAACACAUAACUCUUUUAUAGUCAGGUUGAUCUCACACAAUUCUAGUCAAAACCUGUAUGUCGUUGUUGAACGCAUAGAGGUCCUCUCUGUCUCUAUCUACUCCGCUACAAUGGUGUCUGGGAGGUUGUUGAUGUCCAUGGCCCUCGUUCUCUGUGGGUGUCAGGGCACACACAGUGGUAAUGUGCUGGUCUUUCCUGGGGAGUUCAGUCACUGGCUCAACAUGCGCGUGAUCCUGGAAGAACUAGUGGAGCGAAACCAUAGUGUCACAGUGCUGGUUUGCUCUGCCUCACCUUCAGUCAACUAUACCAAACCAGAGGGUUUCAGCUUCAAGGUGUAUAAUGUUCCUUUUGAGAGACAUGAUUUGGAGUCUCUCCAGGAGGACUUCCUAAACUUCUGGAUAUACGAGGCUCAGAACGCCUCAAUGUUGCAGGUGGGCCUGAAGAUCCGGGAGGUGUUGGGAAGUAUGACAGCUCUACAUCUCAACAUGUGUGAUGCCAUGUUCCACAACAAAGAGCUUAUGGACACACUGAGACAGUGGGAGUUUGACGCAGUCCUUUCUGAUCCAAUGAUGCCAUGCAGUGACUUAAUGGCAGAUGCUCUUAACGUGCCUUUUAUUAUCUCGCUGAGGUUUACAUUUGGCAUGACUAUGGAGAGGCACUGCGGGCAGAUACCAGCGCCCCCUUUUGUUCCUGCCCCCCCUUUGACGUACACAGACCAAAUGAGUUUUUUUGAGCGGGUUCACAAUUUUGUGACGUACAUGAUACAUUCUACCUUUUUCUCUAUACACUGCCUACAGACCAUUGAUAAGUACUACAGUGGGAUCAAGGGCAGACCUACGACUUUAUGCGAGAUCUUGGGGAAGGCAGAUAUCUGGUUGAUACGGACCUACUGGGACUUUGAGUAUCCUCGACCUUUCCUUCCCAACUUUAAAUUUGUGGGAGGCCUUCACUGCAAACCUGCAAAACCCCUUUCAAAAGCCAUGGAGGACUUUGUGCAGAGUUCAGGAGAUGAUGGAAUCGUGGUGUUUUCCCUGGGAUCCAUGAUCAAGAACCUCACGAAAGAGAGGGGAAACACCAUAGCCACUGCAUUGGGACAAAUACCACAGAAGGUGCUGUGGAGAUACGGUGGGGAGAAACCAGAGACUCUCGCCCCCAACACAAGAGUUUAUGAAUGGAUUCCACAAAAUGAUUUACUUGGUCAUCCGAAGACCAAAGCCUUCGUCACCCACGGUGGGACUAACGGACUAUAUGAAUCCAUUUACCAUGGAGUCCCAAUGGUGGGCAUCCCCUUGUUCGCUGACCAGCCAGACAAUAUCAUCCACAUGAAAAACAAGGGAGCUGCUGUAAUGGUGGACUUCAACACAAUGACAUCCAAAGACCUUGUGGAUGGCCUCAACAGUGUGAUCAAUGAUCCAUCGUAUAAAGCAAGCAUGAUGAGGCUGUCAAGAAUCCACCACGACCAACCAAUGAAACCCUUGGAUACAGCUGUGUUCUGGAUCGAGUUUGUGAUGCGUAACAAAGGGGCUAAGCACUUGAGGGUGGAGGCCCAUAACCUGAGCUGGUACCAGUACCACUGUCUAGAUGUGGCAGCUGCUCUGCUCACCAUAGUGGCACUUGUCAUAGUUGUAUCCAUUAAAACAUGCAUUUUCUGCUUCCGCAAGUGCUGCAAGAAAACUAAAUCGAGACAGAAGACAGAGUGACCCCUUGAAAUAAUGUGAAAGGGUCAUUCUACCAAAUUAUUACCUUGUUGGGUAGUGUAACUUCGUGAAAAAUGAAUGUUUUAUUUCAUCUCAUUUUAACAUUCUGUCACAAAUAUGCAUGUUGAACUUUAAUUGAAAAAAUGUUUUGCCCAUCAAGGUUAAAUGAAAAAAAUACUAUGGUAAGUGCCUAUUAUUAAUUGCCAAAUCAAGUAUAGCCGAGUUGACUGUAACAGGGUUGAUGAUGUCGUCUUAAAUCUACCAUAAAUCCCGUUGCGACUGGUAAUCAAAGCUUGUUGUGUGCAACAGGGAGAACCGAAGACAAGAUAAGAGUGACCACCUGGAAUAAUGUUCAUGUCAGGUAUUAUUGCAGUGAAAGAAUCAUGUGCACGUUUGUGAAGUCUUAAAUACUAUUUGAAUGCAUUCACAUGCUUUGAACUUGUUGAGAAACACUGAUUGGCUAAUAGCCUACAAACUGUGUCAACUAUAAACCAAAAGCACAGCUAUCAUGCUUGUAAACCAAUCGUAGUGUUCCAAAUCCAUAUGAAUAGAUUGUUCUUUAUAAAUAAUGGUUUGUUGUUACAUUUAACUGCCGAAAAUGCUGUUAUGGAGGGAAUUUACUUAGUACACGUGUCAAUUCCACAGAGGGCCGAGUGUCUGCAGGUUUUCACUCCUCUUUUGUACUUGAUUGAUGAAUUAAGGUCACUAAUUAGUAAAGAACUCCCCUCACCUGGUUGUCUAGGUCUUAAUUGAAAUGAAAAACCAAAAACCCGCAGACACUAGGCUCUUCGUGUGAUGACUUUGACCCCUGCCUUAGUAGGUGGCGUCAGAGGUCAGCAUGUGGGAGAAGUCGGAGCUGAGGGAUGAUAGUCGAGUUUCCCACUAGUAAUUAGGAGUUGGAGGGGCAUUCAAGUGGAUUUUUCCCAGUAAAAAUACCACCUUCCCACUUGGUUAUGAAUGCAGCAUUAACAGUGGUGAAACUCGUCUAUAAUCCCUGUGUCAGAGUCUAUCUAGAAGAUAGCGAAGGAGUCAGGCGCAGGACACAGGUAAGAGUAAAAAACACUGUAUUUACUCAAUCCAAGAACGGAACAAAAGUCCCGUUACAAAACAAGGACAAAACAGGACUCGAACUCCAACACACGAAAGACAAUCACACACAAAACAGAAAGGGAAACCAGAGGGUUAAAUAAGGAACAUAAUCAUGAGAUGGGAACCAGGUGUGUAAACAUACAAAACAAAAGGAAAAAUGAAACAUGGAUCGGUGGCAGCUAGAAAGCCGGUGACUUCGAACACCGCCCGAACAAGGAGAGGGAACGACUUCGGUGGAAGUCGUGACACCCUGAGCUCCGACUUCUCUCACAGGCUGACGACCUCUGAUGUUACCUACUAAGAAAAUAACGGCAUUUUCAGCCGUUAAAUGUAACAACAAAACAUUUUUUAUGAAGAGCAAUCUAUUCAUAUGGUUUUGGAACACAAUGAUUGGUUUACAAGCAUGAUAGCUGUGCUUUUAGGUUAUGGUUUACACAUGCCCUUAUGGUGAUGACCUUUUGCAAAUCCAAUCCGUUUUCCACGUUCAGGUCAUCACAUUGAUAAAAGUAAUACCUUAAAUGACAUAGAAACAACGUUGAUUCAACCAUUUUUUCCCCAAUGGCACACCCCUAAGUCUCAAUAUACACAGAACACCCACACUCUUACCUUGUGCAUAUAUUUAACAUUAUGCCAAAUGUAUGGCAAAGUCAAUUGAACAUAUGGCAUUCUCUUAUGUACCAGUCAUAAUUAUACAUGUAUAGAGUGAUACAGCUAAAUGUGGGUGAGUUCAAACCAGUGGAGUAGAGUUAGGGUGACCUGACACGCUCUUUCCGCCCACUGUCACGCCCUGACCUUAGUUAUCUUUGUUUUCUUUAUUAUUUUGGUUAGGUCACGUGUGACGAAGGUGGUAUGUGUGUUUUUUAUCUUGUCUAGGGAUUUUUGUAUAUCUAUGGGGUUUUGGUAUGUCUAGGUAUGUAGGUCUAUGGUGGCCUGAAUUGUUUCCCAAUCAGAGACAGCUGUUUAUUGUUAUCUCUGAUUGGGGAUCCUAUUUAGGUUGCCAUUUUCCAUUUUGGUUUUGUGUUUAGUUGCCUGUUUGCACUAGUCAUAUACGUAGCUUCACGGUUCAUUUUGUUGUUUUGUAUAGUUUUGUUCAGUGUUCUCUCUUUUAUUAACGGAGUUAUCUACGCUUAUCACGCCGAGCCUAGGUCUCAUCGUUACGACAAACGUGACAGAACAACCCACCAUAAAAGGACCAAGCAGCGUGAAAAGGAGGAGCAGCGUUUGAUGGAGCAGACAGCAUGGACAUGGGACGAAAUACUGGACGGUAAAGGAUCCUGGACGUGGGAGGAAAUACUGUCAGGAGAGGAUCGCCUACCAUGGAGGCAGGUGGAGAUACUGGCAGGAGAGGAUCGCCUACCGUGGAGGCAGGUGGAGAUACUGGCAGGAGAGGAUCGCCUACCAUGGAGGCAGGUGGAGAUACUGGCAGGAGAGGAUCGCCUACCAUGGAGGCAGGUGGAGAUACUGGCAGGAGAGGAUCGCCUACCAUGGAGGCAGGUGGAGAUACUGGCAGGAGAGGAUCGCCUACCGUGGAGGCAGGUGGAGAUACUGGCAGGAGAGGAUUGCCUACCAUGGAGGCAGGUGGAGAUACUGGCAGGAGAGGAUCGCCUACCAUGGAGGCAGGUGGAGAUACUGGCAGGAGAGGAUCGCCUACCAUGGAGGCAGGUGGAGAUACUGGCAGGAGAGGAUCGCCUACCAUGGAGGCAGGUGGAGAUACUGGCAGGAGAGGAUCGCCUACCAUGGAGGCAGGUGGAGAUACUGGCAGGAGAGGAUCGCCUACCAUGGAGGCAGGUGGAGAUACUGGCAUGAGAGGAUCGCCUACCAUGGAGGCAGGUGGAGAUAGCACGGGAGGAACGGCGACGAUAUGAGGGUACACGUCUAGCAUGGAAGCCUAAGAGGCAGCCCCCAAUUUUUUUUGGGGGGGGAGCACACGAGGAGAUUGCAUGAGUCAGGUCGGAGACCUGAGCCUACUCCUCGUGCUUACUGUGGGGAGCGUGCUUACUGUGGGGAGUGUGUUACUGGUCAGGCACCGUGUUAUGCGGUAGAGCACAGGAUGUCUCCAGUGCGCUAUUCUAUUCUAGCUCCUCUAAUUGGCCGGGCUAGAAUGGGCAUCCAGCCAAGAAGGAGGGUGCCGGCUCAACGCUCCUGGUCUCCAGUGUACCUCCUUGGACCAGGAUACCCUGCGCCGGCUCUGCGUACUGUGUCUCCGGUGAGUCUGCACAGCCCAGUGCGUCCUGUGCCAGUGCCUGCAUUUGCAGGGCGAAUAUAAACAUCCAGCCAGGACGGGUUGUGUCAGCUCUACACAGUACGUCCUGUUCCUCCUCCCCGCACUCGCCCUGAAGUGCGUGUCACCAGCCUGGUACCACCAGUGCCAGCACCACGCAUCAGGCCUAUAGUGCGCCUCGGCAGUCCAGUACGCCCUGUUCCUCCUCCCCGCACUCGCCCUGAGGUGCGUGUCACCAGCCCGGUACCACCAGUGCCAGCACCACGCACCAGGACUACAGUGCGCCUCGGCAGUCCAGAGUGUCCGGCGACAGUACCCCAGAACCUCUAACGACGGGCCACAGUCCAGAACCUCCAACGACGGUCCCCAGCCCGGGGUCUCCAGCGACGGUCCUCAGUCCAGAACUAAUAAAAAGACAAGAGGAGGAAAGAGGAAGUGUCAGUGACCGAGAAAACAAGGACAAAAUAUUGAUGAGCUCAUAGGCCAUCCGAGACCAACUUUUCAAUACGGAAUGUUCUCUUACAGAACAAGAGAUCCUGGCAUGAUUUUUCUCAACUGAUAAUGAGAUCGCAACUGAUCGAUGUGAUCCACCACUACCUCUCUAUCUAUGGUCAAACAGACGUCAGCAUCGACUGAUGGUUGUUUACCAGUUCCACUGAGACCUUGACUGUUGGCUGAGAGAGCAGUGGCUAAGUGUGUUGGGGUGUCUUUACGCUGCCGUCUUGGCAGCAUUCCUGUAUGGUCAUCUGAGGACACACUCCGCUUCCAGAAAGGGUCCGGUGAUGCUGACAAGAGUAGUCCUCUCAUGCCCUGCAAUAGGAAAGCUAUCACCAGACGAAGGAGUCAAAAUAUUUUGUCUGAUUGGUUUUACGUCACAGUGUCCCGACAUCUUUCUCUGUUUGACAUCCCCAAGUUUUUGCAAAAUAUGAGAUUACUUCUUUAGUGCACCUAAAAAUAAAUCUGUAAAUUGCUUUAGUGA